ACGAAUGCCACAGGCUACGAGCACAGAUCGGGGAUAGCCUUCAAGUUAUGGGGUGCAUACCUUAUGGUGUUCCUGCUAUUCGCCCUUUUCCUGGCGUUCAUUUCUUUCAACUACAUUCUUCGGUCUUCUCCAAUCAACGCUCAUGCAAAUUCACCGGCGAUGUUGUUAACUACAGCUACCUCUGACCCUGAGUUACUCCAGGAGCUUGCAAGGACGGACGGUUGUAAGAGACAGGACGUCGUUCGAAAGGUCCGGGAUCGUCGCUUUAAACUUGGUGCAGUACUCGAGACGAACAGAGCUCCAGAUACGUGGCAUCGGAAUGGGGAGCGAGCGAUGGGCGUGGAGGAUCAGACCUUACCAGUUCGUUUCGUGCAAGGUGCCGAUUAAGAUGACUGCAAGAUUGAGAACAAUAGCAGCAUGUUUACGAACUAUCAACCAAGUUCCUCAUACGUACCUCAUACAUAAUUGGCCACCUUAGGGCAAUUGGUGUGAUUAAGGUUUGGGCUUGCAGCGUCUCGCACGCCCGGUCGAUAUCCCUGCCCAUAUGAUACCAAGGGUCUCAGCCAAUCUCUGUUUCGAUGCAAUUGCCCGAACGAGCUAGUUCGCAGAGAUAAUCAUGAUCGAGGCG